UACCUCUGGACGCCUACCGUGAUCGAUAUUCCACCGCAUAAACCGCUGCCCGAGUUGAUAUCGUAUGUGCAAGCAUGAAACCCUCCCUUCUCGGCAUUCAGCUUAAGACUAAUUCAGGAAAUCCCCACACUACGGUUCUAGAAUGCCAUGUCGCUGCUCGAUUUGCCGAACGAAUUAAUUCUCUUGAUAUCCACCCACUUAGGGACGCCCGAGUUGAAUUCUCUGCUCAAAACAAACUACCGUUUUGCAGCCCUCCUUAAUCAAGAUCUAUGGGACCGCGUCCUAGCCCUAUCCGUGUUCAGGGCCCGGUAUGUAUUACUUCAUGCUGUGAAUUCCCACAACCGUGUGGGACUUCAAAGACUCCUGGCGGGUGGAAUCAAGGACCAGGUAGGGGAAAGGUUCUGGAUCGAGGUCAUCCAUCGCGUAGCAGCAGACGAGAGCGGAAAGUGCCUGAGAACACUGCUGGAUUGUGGCGUUGACCCCAACACAAGAUAUUCCGACUCUCGGACGAUAUUGUCACACGCGGCUGAAGCGGGUUGCGUGAAUGUGGUCCAAACACUCAUCGCCAGAAACGAAGUCGACGUUAACGUGCUGGACAAUACUGGAAGAGGACCGCUCAGCCUAGCGGCCGCGGGCGGACACAAUGAGGUUGCGGAACUUCUCCUGGCCCACGCAGAUAUUAGCAUAAAUUCGACAGACUCUCGCUCCCAAACAGCUUUAUUCUCCGCGGUCAUAAACGGCCGCACUGAUGUUGUCGAAGUUUUACUAGCCAAUCCGCAUCUAGAGCUCAAUAUUCGCGACAUUUAUAGCUACACGGCAUUACACUGGGCGUGUUGGUAUGGCCUCUCAAGUAUGGUCCGACUUCUCUUAGCUGAUAAGCGAACGGAUUACAGCCAAAGGGACUCCAUCGAUCCCGCACCACUAGAUGUAGCGGCUUCGAACGGGCAUGCGGAAAUUGUAAGAAUGCUCUUGGGGCUCCAUUACAUUGAUGUUAAUAAACACUGGCCACUAUAUUCCGCUGUCAAUGCCAAGGCAGAAGAGGUAGUUAAGUUACUGUUGGACGACAAGAGAAUUGACGCCAAUCAGGGCCCAGGAGGAGACACACCCCUCGGACUGGCAACCCGGGGGCGAUGCGAGCCGAUGAUACGGCUGCUUUUAGGCAGGAAAGACGUCCUUGUCAACAUCUCAGCAAGCAACGGGGAAACACCAUUAUGUGCCUUAGCGUCUGAGGGUAAUGCGUCUCUCGUACAGCUUCUCCUAGACCACCCAGGAAUCGACGUUAACCUGGUCGAUUGCCACGGAUAUACACCGCUGAUUGCAGCAACCACGAGAGGAAAACUCGAGGUAGUGAAGCUCUUACUGGGUGACGAGCGGACCGAUGUCAAUUUUCCCUACGGAAGUAAACACCAAACACCCCUUUACUGGGCAGUCACCCAGGAACAUUGCGCGAUAGUGCGUCUCUUAUUGAGCGAUCCCCGGGCGAGAGUCAACACCAUCGCCGACGCCAAUACCAACACGAUGAAGCACGACCUGGAAAUGCUAACAAACCUUACAAUGCACCAGAAAACAGGAGCGUUGGUUCCAGUCCCUUUAGAUAAAGACGGGCUUAAUAUUAACGGAAGAAACGCCAAACACUGGGCUCCAGCGCGCAUCUUAGUACGCACCGGGGACUAUAGUGUGGUGUCGUUUCGAUUCAGUCGCCAGGACAUAAGAGGCCCCCGCGACACGGCCCCGACAUACAACAGUACCCCCUUGAUAGAAGCAGCCAUCCGUGUGCUUGGCCGGAUCUUUCAAAUGCUCCUCGACAACAUAGACAUCAAAGUCAACCAAGGAUCCGCGGAGUGCUACACACCGGUGUACCAUACAAAAUUUAGCCAACGAAACGAGACUGUGCACUUUCUCCUAGCAGAUGAGAGGGUCGAUAUAUGUCUUCCACACAACUCCACGAGCCAGACUCUGCAGGACCGUGCUAUGCAGGGGAAACUCCAAAUGACGGCACUGAUUAUAACAGAUAUCGGAAGCCACUAAGAUAUAAGUCAGCUCCCACUCACCAUACGAGCGGCUCAACAGAGUCGCCUAGAUUGGCGGCGUUUAUCUUACUGAUUUACUGUCCUGUAUCAGACGAUGAAGAACGUGGACAAAGAGCCAGCUCGGGAGCCAGUUCGAGGCCGAAGCGAAAUGUUUCCGCUACUAUCAGAUAAUCAUCGUUGUGAAAUUUUGAAAGGCCGGUCCGGAGGAAACCCUAGUGCAGCGGCCUUUUUUAGUUUGGUUUUCCUUUUUUUUCCUUUCUCUAAAUAAAUCAAAACAAAUCCUUAAUAUAUUUUUCGAUUUUUCA